AUGUCGAGAGGUAUAGCAAAGGGCUUUCUUAGGAAGUUUGGAAGAGUGCACGAGCUGCGACAAUCUAACCCCGAAGUCGCAGAAGUACUCCAGAUAACUGAAGAGGGUACCAACCGGAAGAUCUUCUAUCUGGUUACCAAGAAAGCUUCGUAUCAAGAACCGAAUUACGAGGAUGUCUGGAACGCUUUGUGUUCUCUUAGACGAGUGUUGCUUGCCGAGGACCUGAGAAAACUGGCAAUACCUAAGCUGGCAUGUGGACUGGACAACCUUUACUGGAAAAUCAUCCGAAGCAUGCUUGAGGUAGUCUUCCGUUAUACAGGCAUUCGGUUUCUGGUAUGUUGUCACAGGUCCUAG